AUAGGAAUUAGGAGACAACUUACUAGUAUAAUAUAAACAAAGAGCUUAUUAUAGUGUUCGUUUGUGAUAACUUGAAAAUUGGUGUCCCCCACCUCGGCCCCACACCGUUAACGAGUUGAAACAGGCAAACGCGCACUUACAGCUGAAGUACGGAACGAUGGCCAUCGGAAAGUAAUAAUUUACAGUGAAACACGACGAAAAUCCCCGAGUAUUUUUAUUAUAUAAUUAUUAUGCGUUUACGCACGCACCAAACGGAAACCAAUCGGAAACUACGGCGUAUUUAAAAAUAUUGAGUAUAAUACGCGUUUUCUGUUAAUCGUAUUAUUCAUUGUAUGCCUAUAAUUGAUAUUAUUAUAUUGUUAUUAUUAUUUUAUUCUUUCAAUUUUCGACAAUAACAAUAUUACUGUACACCGAACUCCGUUAAACUCGACAAAGCUGUAGGAUCGCUUUUUUUUGUCGUUAUUCUUGCUCACUGUUGUCACUUGUCAGUUUAACUGUCGCUCGCCGUAUACUCGUGUGUCGCACCGCAGUCCGCCGAAUCCGCCAUCGACGGCACGCUGAGAAUCGCUGCUCCUACGACCUACGCCGACAUAGCUGCCGCGACAUACACGUAAGGCACGGACCGCGACUAGAAUAUAUUCAAAGUUGUUACCUAUGUCAGUAAAAGAAAUGGAUACCAUUCAGGCUUUAUCUUGUGAAAAUAAUCUAAAGCAAGUUCUGACAUCCAAAGAAUGUGAACCAACAAAUUUUAGAAAUAACUCUCACUCUGCAAGAAUACUAGAAGAUUUACAAUCUCUACGCAAAAAUGAAGUUUUAUGUGAUAUUAGAUUUGAAGCAGAUGAUGGUAAAAUUAUUAUUGGACACAAAAAUGUUUUAAUGGCGGCUAGUCCAUAUUUCCGUGCAAUGUUUAGUAAUUUUGAUGAAAGAAAUAAAGAUCUUGUUACUAUAAAAGAAUUAGAUUCCACCAUUUUACAGCUAUUAGUAGAUUAUAUUUAUACUGGAGAAAUUAUGGUCACAAAAGAAAAUGUACAGACGUUGCUAUCAGCAGCAAAUGUAUUACAGUUAGAUUAUGUAAAUGAUAUAUGUGCUGAGUUUUUACAAAAACAAGUGGAUUCAUCAAAUUGUAUUGGUAUCAAAGCAUUUGCUGACUUACAUAACUGUACAAAAUUGUUGUCGAGUUCUGAAGCAUAUAUUAAACAACAUUUUUUAGAAGUAGCUAAAGGCGAAGAUUUUCUAUCUUUAUCUUCUGAAGAUUUGGUGAUGCUUAUUUCAUCGAAUGACCUUGCUGUUCCAUUUGAAGAAGAAGUAUUUGAAUGUGUUAUCAAAUGGGUAAAGCAUGAUUUGGAUUGUAGAAAUGAUUUUUUGCCAAAAUUAAUGGAACAUGUACGUUUGCCAUUAUUAAAGCCUGAUAUAUUACUUAAUAUAUCUAAAGAACCUCUUCUAAGCAAUAGUUCUAAAUGUUACAAUUAUAUAAUUGAAGCAUUACAUUUUAAUCAUCAAAAAUUAGUUCAGCAUUUGACCAUUCCAAAAACAAUUAGGUUUAAACCUAGACAAUUUGAUGGUUUUCAUAAAGUUAUUUUAACGUUUAAUGAGUCUGAUACAUCGCCAAAGUGUUAUACAGAAUGGUAUGACCCAACAACCAAGCUAAGAAAAAAUGCACCAGCGAUAAAUGAAUGUCGGAAGUGUGCUGGUUUUGGUGUCAUAAAUGAUCAAUUUGUGUUUGCUGCGGGAGGUGUAGAUGGAUCGAGUUCUAAAUCUAUUAGUAUGCUUGACGUAUCUUCACAAUCGCCCUCAUGGGUUCCGAUGGCUGACAUGUUAGUUAGUAGAGGGGAAUUGGGAGUUGGAGUAUUAGGUGAUUCCAUAUAUUUUGUUGGCGGACGUGAUGGCUACACUUAUUUACAAUGUGUAGAGGCUUUCGAUGUAAGUACCCAAAAAUGGAGAAUGGUGUCUAGUAUGACAAUUAAAAGAUAUGAUUUGGGCAUUGGUGUACUCAAUAGUCGUCUAUACGCGGUUGGAGGAAGUAAUGGUAAAUGUUUGAAUUCUGUUGAAUAUUAUGAUCCUACACUUGACACAUGGAAUCCAGUUGCAGAAAUGUCUGAGUAUCGUCAAGGUGUUGGUGUAGGAGUCUUGGACGGUCUUAUGUAUGCUAUUGGUGGUCGUAGUUCAACGUAUCUUAAAAGUGUUGAGGUUUAUAGACCAAGUGAUGGAAUUUGGUCAUCUGUAGCUGAUAUGAAUUUGUGUCGAAUGAAGCCUGUAGUAGCUGUAUUAGAUGGUUUAUUGUAUGUUAUGGGCGGCGAAAAGGAACAUUCAAUUGUUGGUACUGUAGAAAUUUACGACCCCAAGACCAAUACUUGGACCAUGGAGAGAUUGUCAAGUAAUGGUCAUGGAGUACAAAUUUAUGGUGGAGUAGUUGUUGAUAGACCAUAUUAUUAUCAUUAAUCAGCUUACAGAAGUAUUCAUUGUUAAUAGUGAUAUGAACAUAUUUUUGUAUAAAUUAUGAUAACACAUGUAUUGUUCUAUAUAUUUUUGUUUUUUUUUUUUAUAUUUGAA